AUGGGUCUAGCAAACUCAGAUCCUCGCGAACUCACCCAGGCCGGUCCUCACACUGGCCGCUAUCUGCACGGGAAUUCUUUCCGAAAUAGAAAGAUUGUUCUGAGCAAGAAGCUGCUCGAGGCAAACGAGCUUACUCCCGUCACACUUGUGCGGAGCUCGGACAUGACCUCCCGCUUCCUCGAAGAAGUCCAUGCCGCAUCGAGACGAACGGUGGAGAACCAAGUCUCUCUGCUCCUCCUGGUAUUCUGUCACAGUAAAGGCAACUGGGAAUUUCUGCUUGACAGCGGCAACAAGGAGGAGGGCCUUUCGGUCGCUCAGCUCCGGGGUGCCAUCGCGAAAAACUGUCACGCGACUCUGUACUCGACAGCAUGUUACUCCGGCGGGUGGGUCGUGAGAGAUCUGACCCAUUCAGGACACAUUCCUGUGGACGAUAAUAUGCCGGCUACCUCUAAGCCGAAGGCCUUGUUCGAUGCCUGGCAAAAUUCACCUUCUAUCAUCCCUGCCUGCGGAUCCAUCUUCGCCAAUGCAGUCAUCGACACACUUGCAUCCUCAACGAGCCCGCUUCUCGAAAGUGGCGAUCGUGAUGGUGAGCUGAGCGUCGACAAGGAGGAUGGGCAACAGUCAGAAGCGUACCAGAGCUUUUGUCACUCCGUCCUCGAUGUUGGCUCAGGUCACAGCCGUUACUUCGCUCAUCUGACGUCAUUAACAUUCGACGCCCUAAAUGGUCAGUGGGAUAGGAGCUGGAAUCAGUGGUCCGGCAUCCCCUUGGUAUACUUUAAAGAGCGAUGGAACUCCCUCGUUACAGUACAAUCUCACUUUAAAACACCAGAAACCGACCAUCUGAAAAUGCUGCCUGAAAAUCUGGACCCGAGCAAUCCGCCCUUUUCGGAAUCAGCCGCUGUUCCACGUAUGGCCGGGCACGUGGAAGUCAUCAGGUCAGAGCUGAUGCGCGACCAGACCGAUAAGAAAAACUCCGGCUGGGGACCGCUCACGCGCGGCUGUCUCCGAGCAUUCAUCAAAGGGAACAAGGCCCCAGACCCGGACAUAGACGUUGCCGCGAUGAUGGCAUUCCGUUGGGAGGUGAGCCUUUUGGCAGACUACAUGGUCCGCUAUUUCAACCUGGCGGCACCGAACAACGAGCCUUGCAUCAUGUGGGACAGCGCCGCGUGGAGAUGUAAGGCGCCGACCAUCAUACCGGAUUACGAUGAAGGGCACGAGGACGCCUGGAGCGCUCUCAGGAACGCCGCGGUCGAAGCUGACCCGUCCGAUGUCCAGGGUUCCCCCUUCGGUUGA